AUGGAUUCAACCAACUCCCAGCAGACAUCGAAUCAACGACCGACCGGCAUUACCCGUGUAGAGGACAAGUAUCUCAUUGAUGAGGAUGCCGUUGUCGGCCGUGGGGCGUGGAGUGUGGUGAAGCGGUGUACGCCAAUCGCACCCUAUACACCUCCAGGGUCUACGCCAGAUAUGAAAAUUGUUGUGAAGAUCAUCGAAAAAGAGUACCUCAUAUCGCUAACCAAGGGCAAUGUAGAAAGGGCAAUGGCUGAAGUAAAGCGAGAAAUUGAUGUACUGCGACACAUUCCUCCUCACGAAAAUGUUGUAACAUUUUUAGAGUACAUCGAGACAGAAAAGGAGUUUCUCCUUUUUUUUGAAGAAGUACAGUGUGGAGACUUGUGCGAAAUUAUUCUCCAGUCAUCUGAGGGAAAACUCACAGAGGAAAAGUCAAAGCUGUACACAUAUCAAAUAAUUAAGGCAGUUUUGCAUUGUCAUAUUCAUGAUGUCAUUCAUCGUGACAUCAAACCAGAGAAUCUGCUUGUUAGCAAUGAUGAUAAUAUCAAAUUGACAGAUUUCGGUCUUGCUAAACGAUCAAAAGGUGUAUGUACAUCAGCUGAACCGAGAGAUCCUUUGGAUCCUGUCGCUUUAUGCAUGGAAUAUCCAGGUGCUGAGCGACUUAUCGGGAAACGUGUGGUUUGUUCUGAUGUUAUUGGAACUCCUCGCUAUGGCUCACCUGAGAUGUUUUAUGCUAAAUUUACCCAAACACACUAUGAUGGAUUUAAAGCAGAUACAUGGUCUGUGGGAGUUGUAACAUACAUUACUCUUUCUGGAAGUUUCCCUUAUUCUGCAGCGGCACAUGCACCAGAAAAGGAAGUAUUUCGUACAAUUAUGGAUACUGUACUUCCAGUACCUCCAGGUAUGUCUCCCAUUGCACUUGAUUUUGUUCAACGACUUCUCAAUAAAGAUCCUCAUAAACGUAUUUCCUUGUAUGAUGCAUUGGGACAUCCAUGGCUUGAAGGUGUGGCUCAAACUCGAGAAUCUGUUAUGGUACCAAGAAUAUUGGAAACUUUUACUUCUGCAGAGAUGUUACAAGCGUGUAAAAUGUUUAACAAGGAGGCUCAAUCACUACAUCAAUGUAUUCGACUCUUACAACGUGAAAAUCAACGUCUUCGUGAUGAACAAGAGAAAAUUGAAGAAUCUAUGUCUUCUCGAGACAGAGAUGUACGUCGUACGAGCACUCCACGGCGCGCUGAGACGCCAUCAGGUACUUCUCGCACACGAACUAAUCGUACACCUGGUGCUUCAAGUUCUUUACGUGUUACUUCACCAGCAAGAACUGGAGUACGACCUGGACGUAGUAGUAUUACUAAUGAAAGUUCAAAUGGUUCUGUGCGACGUCCAUCCGCGCACCGAAUCAGUGCACGAAGUCCUCUGGCACGCAGUGCAGCAAGUACUGUUCGACGAGGUACUCCACUACGUGCUGGUGGAACCACGCCAAUGCGAGCUGGAACUCCAUCACGUACAACUGGAAGAUCUACGUCUGCUGCACGAGGUGUUUCUCGCCCUGCCAAUAAUGGUGUUCCAUCUACACCAGUUGCUCAGCGUGCAUCUACACCAGGUCGAACAGGAACGCGCUCUACAACCCCAUCUCGUUCAUCGAUGGUAAGUCAUGUUACAUCGGCGAAGGAGUUACAUGUAGGAGAAACUGUUACGUAUAAGGGAUACCGAGCUGUUGUUCGCUUUAACGGUCCAACUGCAUUUGGGGCUGGAAUCUGGAUAGGAUUAGAGAUGAUGGAAGGUAACGAAGGAACCAACGAUGGUUCAUCCUUUAUUGAUAAAAAACAGUAUUUUACAUGUCCCAAAGGAAAGGGCGUCUUUGUGCGGGCAUCACAGGUCAAGAAACUGUAG